AUGGAUGAUUCAUAUGUGGGUGGUGUAGGUCUCUCACUAGCACGUUCACUUUAUGGACUAGUUCCAUCGAAGCUUUCAAGCCGGUUUAUCGUUCAUGAAGUAUGGCAAAUUCUCUGUGAAGCAAUGGAGCUUCCGACUGCGUCGGAUAACACUUUGUAUAUGACCACUCUCCAAGCCACAUAUCCCGGAGCCACUGGGAUGAAGUACAAAAAUCCAAAAACGGGGGCGUUGCGAGCUGUUGCGUAAGA